ACCUAAAACCAAAAAAAUUGUGAUAUCAAAAAUAACUUUUCGUUUUUCGCUAUUGUCUCUCUCUUGCAUUGGUUCAAUUGGGAUAGGACGUAAAUACUGUGACUACUAACGUGGAACUAACACAGGUUCGGAUUCCAUUCGGCAUCCUAUCGCGCAUCGGCCGAAGCGUUUCGUAAAUUGUCGUGUCGACAUUCGUGAUUCACCGGACGUAGGACGAGCACGCGGGGUGAGGCAGUAAUAGGGCUCGCGGGAGGGGGGCGCAGGGCGCGGCUGCGGGGUGCGGGACGGUGCACGCUGCAGCGCGAGGUCGUCGCUCGCUCGCACGCCGCGCUGCCAGUCGGGAGCGGGAUGCGGUGACGUAAACUGCAUCGGCGCGAGCCGCGAACGUAGUGUAGGACGGGACGUGUCGUGUUCGUAUGUGCUGUGUGCGUGCUCCGUACCACCCUGUGUGACUGAGUGUUUGUGCUGUUCUCGCUGACAACGUGCCCGCUCUUCACUACGUGGGCAGCUGCGUCUUCUUUUGCCCACCCCGGAUCUAAGGAUCUCCGAAAUGGGCGACAAAGGCGUUGCAGAUGGCACUAUACGUGUCUCCAGGGUUUUCACGGGCGGCGGAUGCUCACCUCCGGCUGGCGCUGAUGUUCAAAGCGCGGCGGCACUGGGGCUCCGCUGCGAUCCACUUCAGGAGAGCCAAACUCGCGCCACAUCAAGAUGCUACCUUCACCCGUUUGGAGCUGAGCUUCCACGCGGCUCACCUACUUGAAGCGAGAGGACUUCGCAAAUCGGCAAGAGACGCAUAUGAAAGAUUGCUGAAGGAGCCACAGCUAUCAGCGUCCUUGAAAGCAGAUGUUUGCAGACAAUUAGGUUGGCUGUACCACCGCUGCAUUUCCCUCGGCGAGACCGGCGCACGAGCACGCGCUGCUAUCUGGUGCCUGCAGCGCGCGGUGGCCGCGGAGCCAGACUCGGGCGCGGGGCUCUACCUUCUGGGGAGAUGCUACGCCGCCCAGGGCAAGGUCCAUGACGCGUUCAUCGUUUAUAGGAAUUCAGUUGAAAAAUCUGAAGGCAAUGCAGAUACAUGGUGCUCGAUAGGGGUCCUUUACCAACAGCAGAAUCAGCCCAUGGACGCCUUACAAGCCUAUAUUUGCGCUGUGCAACUAGACAAGGGCCAUUCCGCAGCCUGGACGAAUCUUGGGAGUUUGUAUGAGAGCUGUCAGAUGCCCAGGGAUGCCUUUGCGUGCUAUACCAACGGCGGAAGCGCAGCGACCGCCAAUAACGCCUCGUUGAGACAAAGACUGGCUUUUCUAAGGGCGAACUUGGCGCACGCGCCGAUGCCCUCGGUUACUGGCAAACGCCGCCAACUGCCAUCUAUCGAGGAGGCGUGGAACCUCCCGAUCUCUGCUGAGAUGUCGUCCCGGGCACCCAAGGCGGCGCCCCCGCCGUACCCCGGCGCGAGAGAUUCCCCGCCGCCGCUCACGCCGCACCAACUGCAAACGUUGCAACAUUUGCAGCGGAAUGCGCACAAUCUGUCGCCGCCGCAACAAGUAAUUAUGCAGCAACUCUUGUCGCAGUACCGGCUGGCGCAAGCCGCGAGAGCGCGUGCGGUUACUAAAAGCGAAAGCAACGCGACCGGCGGUGACAGUGCGGAGUCACUGGCCGAAGAUUUACUGAAAAGGUUUUCGGACUCGCAACCCGAUAUCAAGAAGGAACCAGUGGCCGAGAAUGCGUCCACUGCGGCCGGCAGCGAGGCCGUGCUGGGGGGCCGCCAGCCCGUCGUCAAGCUGGAACCGCUCAAGACGGACCCGCUCAAACCCGUCACCUUCAACAUCGGCAUGAGCUCCAAGCAGAUCCUCGACGCUUGCAAGGAAAAUGCCGGUGCACCCACGUCAUGGUCAGUGCUAGGCGACGGUUGCGGACCCCCUGAGCCUCCUCCUGUGCCCCCGCCACGUUUAUCCGCCGAGCAACUGGCUCCGCCGGCGCCCUUCGUUUACGUAGAAUCCAAACGCGACGCCUUCUCGCCACAACUACAAGAUUUCUGUCUGAAGCAUCCUAUCGCGGUCGUCCGUGGACUUACCGCCGCGCUGAAGCUCGACCUCGGGCUGUUCUCGACGAAGACCCUCGUGGAGGCGUGGCCCGACCACGCGGUGGAGGUGCGCACGCAGCUGAUGCAGUCGGCCGACGAGAACUGGGACCCCACGGGGCGGCGGCGCGUGUGGGCGUGCGCCUCGCACCGCUCGCACACCACCGUGCGCAAGUACGCGCAGUACCAGGCCGGCUCCUUCCACGAGUCGCUGCGCGAGGAGCGCGAGCGCGGCGCGGCGCCGCUGGCGGCCGGCGCGCUGUCCGACUCCGACGGCCGCGAGUCGGGCUCCGGGCCCGCCAAGCGGCGCCGCGGCGCGCGCAUGCUGCGCUUCGGCACCAACGUCGACCUCUCCGACGAGCGCAAGUGGCGCCCGCAGCUCACCGAGCUUCAGAAGCUGCCCGCCUUCGCGCGGGUCGCCUCCGCCGCCAACAUGCUGUCCCACGUCGGCCACGUCAUCCUCGGCAUGAACACGGUGCAGCUAUACAUGAAGGUGCCCGGCAGCCGCACGCCCGGCCACCAGGAGAACAACAACUUCUGCUCGAUCAACAUCAACAUCGGGCCCGGGGACUGCGAGUGGUUCGGCGUGCCCGACGCGUACUGGGGCGGCGUGCGCGAGCUGUGCGAGCGACACGGGCUGUCGUACCUGCACGGCUCGUGGUGGCCGGACCCCGAGGAGCUGCGCGCGCACGGCGUGCCCGUGUACCGCUUCACGCAGCGGCCCGGCGACCUCGUGUGGGUGAACGCGGGCUGCGUGCACUGGGUGCAGGCCACCGGCUGGUGCAACAACAUCGCGUGGAACGUCGGGCCGCUCACCGCCCGCCAGUACUCGCUCGCGCUCGAGCGCUACGAGUGGAACAAGGUGCAGAACUUCAAGUCGAUCGUGCCGAUGGUGCACCUGACGUGGAACCUGGCGCGCAACAUCCGCGUGUCGGACCCGCGGCUGCACCGCGCCAUGCGCACGUGCCUGCUGCAGACGCUGCGCGCGGCGGCCGGCACGCUGGCGGCCGUGCGCGCGCGCGGGCUGGCCGUGCGCUUCCACGGGCGCGCCAAGGGCGAGGCGUCGCACUACUGCGGCGUGUGCGAGCGCGAGGUGUGGCACGCGCUGCUGGUGCGCGAGCACGAGCGCCGGCACGUGGUGCACUGCCUGGCGUGCGCGCGCCGCGCCGCGCCCGCGCUGGCCGGCUUCCUGUGCCUGGAGGAGCACCACGUGGACGAGCUGGCGCACGUGUACGACAGCUUCACGCUGCACCGGCCCGCGCCGCCGCCGCUGGCGCCGCUGCCGCCGCCCGCCACGCCCGACUGAGCGACCGCCUCCAUUUGUUGCGUGACAGAGUGUAUAUUUUCAGGUGAGAGCGAGGUGUUUAUUGCGUUCGAUUCGUCGAGUCGUGACCGGGCGGUGGCCGUCGUGUGUAAGAAUAGUUUAAUUUAUUCGUAGGUUUUCAUUGGCACUUCGCGUUUCCGUUGCAGUAUUAGACGCUAGCUAGUUCGGCUUUUUUAGAGUUUCGGAGGUUUUAGAGUCGUUGACCAAGUUUAACCGUAAGAGUUACGAGAUCGCGAUCUAUUUUUAAUACGACGCGUAAUAUUAAAUUGUCUGACGAAAUAUUUUGAUGAUGAAAUGUAAUUUUGUAAUGUGAGUAUUUUUACAAUAGCCAUUAUAAUCUAUAUACACUUGCUCCUCGAUCACUUUUGUAAUUGUUGAGAUAUUGAUAAAAUUGAAGUCAAUUGUUGAAUAUUAAGCCGAUUUUGUACGCGAUUAAGAUGUAAUUCAGCGCCGGCAUUCACUAUGCCUGUACAACAGUAGUGUAGCGAAGGCGGCGGUGGCUUUAGAACCGCGCCCAGGUGUUCACCAUGAUAUAAAUGUGUUAUUUUUGUAUAGAGUCAUAUUUAUUUAUUUUUUUCUGUGACGCCUUUAGUUUCACUAAGUAGUUUCCUAGUAAAUAGUAGAGUAAGGACGCACGGAUUGAGACUCUGCGUUUUAGCAGAGUCUGGUGAACAGUGCUGCAUUGUCCCAAAGAAUGUUAUACUCGUGUAGGCAAAUUACUGAUAGAAAUUGUAUGAAACGUUUUUCUAAGGCUACACAUUUGUUACGAUGUCUGGUAAAUAUCGGAAUGCAUUCCAUCAACAAUAAGACUUCUAUUGAAGUUAUUUUCGGGCUGAAAUGAUCUGAUAGCCGUUGCAAAUAUGUGGCCUCGUCUCAUUACUGUGCCUAAAUUUUGUUUGGGAUUUGACAUUUGAAUAAUCUGUUAUCUAAAUUGAAUGUGUUCUUUCGUCUGAUAAUGUAAAAUAAAUUAGUCAUUAUAGAAAAAUGUUUCUUGGAUUGGUGUAAUUAGUUGGAUUAGGCGUUGAAGUAAGCUCAUGUUUGGCAGACGAAGGCGACUCUCUCUUGACACUAUUGUUUGUUAUUUAUCUUGAAGAUUUAUUGAUGUUUUGUAGCAGGUUUGCAACACAAAUCUUAUACUUUUCGGACCAAUAAUAAUGUUAAAAUCAAAUAUAAGUUCUUGAAUUAAGUUGUAAUAUGAAAAUGUAAAGACAUUUUGCAUAAUUUUGGACCACGAGAAUCGUGUAACGUUUGUGUUUUGUGGAACCUGUUUAGUGAGAUUUCAAUGUUGGUUAUAUUGCUUUCUAGAGUGUCAAGAGUGUGUCUGGUUGGCAAAGAGGAAGGAUUGUUUGGAUUUGUAUAGCGAAUGCAGAUAAUUUUAAGUAUAACUUAUGACAUCACUGCCAUGUAUUGACCUUACUGUUUAUACUGUAAUAUUAAAUUUUUAAUAAAGAAAGUAAGGUACGAAUAUUUAU